UGCGCCUCCUCAGACACGCCAGCGGCCAUGUUGAAGUUUCACUCAGUCUUUCUCUGUCUGAUGGUCAUCAUGUUCAACCGAGACCAGGCCGCUCUCCUCUCCCUUCUACUGAUCAAUAUGUGCCACGGCUCUGAAGUGAUUGAACACAGGGAUAAGCUGGUGUCCAGAGGAGACUCCGUCAUCUUAACCUGCAACAGAUCUGAGACGCAAAUAACGCAAAUCACAUGGACCAAAGGCACAUUUGUGCAUUCGUUUUUGUUCUCAGGGAAUCAGACUUUUUCAAAUUUCACAUCUGACAGACUGAGAAUAGACAACAACUCACCUUCAACGAUGAAUAUUUCUAAUGUUCAGCAUGACGAUGCAGGGACCUACAGAUGUUGUAUAUUUGACAAGAGAGGUACAUGGACCAUUAAGUGGAAUUUAAAUGUGUCUGGAGAAGCUGAAGAAACCAGUCCACUGAGCAACCUUCCCUACAUACUCACAGCCGUAAUUGGAUUUCUUCUAGUCACAGCUGUCGGCCUCUAUAGCUCGACUAAGUUCCCAAACCAGCUCCAGGAACGCGAGACCCUGAGUUAUGUCCAGUUUCGUGUUUACUCGGGAGAAGAGGUGCAUGCUCCCCUCCAACCCCACAGUUGUGCAGAAUACAGGACGAAUCACAAGCAUGUCGGUACUUCACGAGGCUCAAUUCAAUAUGUGGCCUUAUGAGCAUGAAGGUCAGUGCAAAGACGAAAAGGAAACAAAGGCAAAAUGUCGAUUGUAUAAAAAAAAUUACUGAAAUGUAAACAUACUGCUGCUGCAGCUCAGUGGGGAGAGAAGUCGUCCUGCAACCACAAGGUAGACGUGUCCAUGAGCAACUCACUGAACCCCUGGGUGCUUCACUGCAGCCCACUGCUCCUCAAUAACUAAGAAUGGGUCAAAUGCAGAGAAUACAGUUCAUAUAUGUAUUUAACUAUAUGUAAUAUGACAAUAAAAGUCUUUCUUUUC